CCCAAACAAUCAGUUGACAUAUAUAAAAAAGUUAAUCAAAUCUAGUAAUGAGAAAAAGAAACGAACCGUCCCUUUCUCCACUUAAGUAGUUUAAUUGGUUCUGUGAAGGAAGAUAAAUUCGCUGUACCUCUCUCUCUCUUCCCGUUUUCAUUUUUGUGUUCUCUGGCGGCCGAUCCCGUCGCUACCUUUUAAGAUAUUUUUUUUACAUGAACCUGAAAUUGAAAUCAGGAAUAUAUUUCGGGAUUAUUUGCUGAAAUUUCUCAUUUCUAGAUCGAAAAAGAGAAAGCGGAUAAUUCGUUUUCGUUUGAUUCCUGCCAAACAAAUCCUAGGGUGCCUUUAUUUAUCUACCAAAAGAAUGUCCAAUUAUCAAGGAGAUGAUGCUGAGUACAUGGAAGACGUAGAUGAUGAGAUGGAAGAUGUUGAAGAUGAUAUGGAUGACGAGUUUCGUGGCGAUGAUCUUGGUGCUUCUGAUUCUGAUGUUGAAGAAUUUGACUACUCGAAUAAUAAAGUAGCUGAUACCUCGGCUGAGCAAGCUCGGAAAGGGAAAGAUAUCCAGGGGAUUCCGUGGGACAGACUUAGUAUUUCUAGAGAGAAAUACAGACAAACUAGAUUAGAACAGUAUAAGAAUUAUGAAAAUGUCCCUAAUUCUGGGGAAUCAUCAGAAAAAGUUUGCAAAGUCACACAGAAAGGGGGACUAUUUUAUGACUUCUGGCGGAAUUCACGAUCUAUCAAGUCUACUAUACUACAUUUCCAGCUGAGGAACUUGGUGUGGGCAACUUCUAAGCAUGACGUGUAUCUUAUGUCAAAUUUCCUGGUUACACAUUAUUCUUCUCUAACAUCCGGAAAGCAUGAAGUUCUCAAUGUUCGUGGUCAUGUUGCACCAUCCGAGAAACAUCCUGGAAGUUUACUUGAAGGAUUUACGCAGACUCAAGUAAGUACACUUGCAGUAAAAGAUGACUUUCUAGUUGCGGGCGGGUUUCAAGGAGAACUUAUUUGCAAGCAUCUUGAUAGACCGGGUGUCAGCUUUUGCUCUCGUACGACUUAUGAUGAUAAUGCUAUAACCAAUGCUAUUGAGAUCUACAACAAACCUAGUGGUGCACUUCAUUUUACUGCCUCGAAUAAUGACUGUGGAGUUAGAGACUUUGACAUGGAGAGAUACCAGCUUGUUAAGCAUUUCCGUUUUCCUUGGCCAGUGAAUCACGCAUCUUUGAGUCCUGAUGGUAAAUUACUGGCUAUUGUUGGAGACAACCCGGAGGGCCUUAUAGUAGACCCCAACACAGGAAAGACAUUGGAAACUCUAUCAGGACAUUUGGACUUUUCCUUUGCCUCUGCGUGGCAUCCAGAUGGGGUCACUUUCUCAACAGGAAACCAGGACAAGACUUGCCGUGUAUGGGACAUCCGUAACCUAUCUCAGUCUGUUGCUGUCUUGAAGGGUAACCUAGGAGCAAUCCGGUCAAUCCGCUACACAUCAGAUGGAAAAUACAUGGCCAUGGCUGAACCGGCGGACUUUGUCCAUGUCUAUGAUGUCUCAAACGGGUAUGAAACAGAGCAGGAAAUCGACUUCUUUGGGGAGAUCUCUGGAAUAUCUUUCAGCCCUGACACAGAGGCGCUAUUUAUUGGGGUAUGGGAUCGCACUUAUGGUAGCCUCCUUGAGUUUGGUCGGCGCAGGAACUAUUCCUACCUUGACUCGUAUCUUUAAACAAGAAGAGAAGUAUACACAACCCUGUCCAAGGAAUAAAAGAGAGCUCAUUCAGCAACCAGUGAACAUGACAGAAGCAAAGCAUAGAUAUAAUGGAUAUCUUAAAGGUGUAAAUGAUGUGUUGUGCAAAUGCAAGUUAGUUAGUGUCUUUUGUUUCCUUCUCCGCCUGGUGUGUUGUGUUCCUUAUUUCUGGUCUCAAUCUCGGUUCAAGAUGUGUACAGAAAGGGCUGGUUCAGUGGUGGCGCAGACUGGAUUAGGACUUGAUGGUGGCGCUGCAGCUGGACCGGGAUUUGAAGUCGGUGUGGGAUCCGAGGAUGGUUCUGUUUGGUAGCUUGUGAGUCUUUUCUUUUUGUACCUUGUACUUGUGGUUGUUGUAGGAACUCGAGUGUUUAGAUCCUGUUCUGAGUUUAGAAUGUGGAGAUGCUUAACUAAACUAAAAUAAAUUAAUAAUAGUCCCUUAUUCGUUAUAAUUC